AUGAUGAAUCACCCGAAGAGUUUGAUGGCCACCAGCGAUGAACCGCUGACCACCGAUGGCCUGUUGAUGGCCACCGGUAUUAUCGAUGGUUUGGACGUUACCACUGCUGAUGAUAGCGAAGACAUCGAUGGCCACAACGAUGAUAAUGAAGACACUGUCGUACGGGAAGUGAUACGCGAGUUGUGCGAUGAGGUGUCGCGACGUGAGCUGAUUCACGACAAGGAUAGUGAUGGCGGUGACGGUGGUUGCGAUGGUAUGACCACCAGUGAUAACAUCGCCGGUGAUAAUCGCUGGCCACUGGCCGCCGAUUACUAUCACGCCAAUUGGCGUGCAAUGAGUUGGCGUUGGAAGCGCUGCGACAGAGCGGCGAAGACACCGCCAAUCGCGGCUUGUGAUAAUAACAACGAAGAAGCAAUUGAUCCGCCGGUGACCGAAAGCCUGGCGGAAGACGUGUCGGCCAUUGGCGGCCAAAACCAAGAGCUCUCGCAUGAGAUAAAGUUUGUGCAAAAUCUGAUCGAUCUGUUGGAGAACUACCGGUCGCUACUCAACCGGUGUCUCAACACUUGCGAACACUGUUCCCGAAACCAAGACGUGGCCAACGAGUUCCAGGAUUUGGAGCACAACUACAUCCGUGACCUCAACUUCGCCAAAGAGCUCAUCUUCGACAACGCCGACUCGUUUCGCCACAAAAUGAGCCGUUUGUUCACUUCUAAGACCGCCACCGGCGCCAAGAAGUCCGCUGUGGCCGCCGUUGAGCGUAAAUACGAGUUAAUCGACGCCUAUUUGGGAUCAGAUGACGACGAAGAGGAGGACGACCUGUUGGGUCGCGACUCCGACUACGACCCGAAUGUCGACGAAGAGGCGUUGGCCGCCGCGGAGGUCGACAUCAUCGACGCCGUGGCGAUUGGCGCCCGUCGGGGGCCUAAAAGGGGACCGAAACGGAAGCGUAAAGCGCCGCCCAAGAAGAGGAGGGGUCGACCGCCGAAGUCGGCGAAGAGCACCGCCGGUGGCGGAGGCAGUGGUGGCAACAAAUGCCCGAAGCCUAAGCGCAACAAAUACGACAAACUAUACAAAUGUGACUCGUGUGAGUACACGCACCGCAAACUACCGAACCUGGAGUCACACAAAAACAAAGUACACCUAAACAUCAGGCCAUUCAAGUGCGACAAAUGCGGCAAAUGCUUCACCGGUAAGCCAUUCCUCGACAAACACCGGCGCUUCCACUCGGAAACCUACCACCACUGCGAUUGGCCCGACUGUCACUUCAAGACCAAAUACAUGAACAAUUUGAAAGAGCACCGCAUGCGCCACGAGAAGGACAGGCAGUUCCGGUGCGCGUGGCCGGGCUGUGGAGCCUUGUUCUACAACAACCGCGACCUCACCCAACACAUGAAGAGCCACGAAGAGCAGCGGGACUACCGGUGCGAUUGGCCGGGAUGUGAGGCCACGUUCAAGCGGCACACGUAUCUGUCCCGCCAUAAGCAGCUGCACCUGAACCCGGACACGGCGUUCCCCUGCGUGUGGCCCGGAUGUGGUAAAAGUUUUAAUACGCGUAAGAAGUUGGAGAACCAUUCGGCCACACAUGCGAAACAGUUGCAACAGUCGACCACUACUACCGGUGCUGCUGGUGGUGGCCCUCAGCCCGACCCGCAGCCAUCACUUCCCGUUCAGACUGUCCUACCGGUACUUAUCAGCCCUCCGUUGGCCACAACUACGGCAUCUCAACGCAUGCAACCGCCGCCGCCUCCCGCUUCGACCCCUACUAGUAGUCCGGUGUCGAUGAUUACGGUGUCCGCGGCGUCGAUGCCGAUGAUGGCCACCGGUUCCCGCAAACUCAUGCCCAACAGCGCCGCGCAGUUGUUCGCCGCCCGCGGAGUGGUUCACGCCAUCGGUGGCUCCGUCGCUGGUGCUAUGGCCGGCACUGCGGGCACCGCAUCGCCGGCCAUAGCGGCUGCAGCAGCGGCCGCCCAAAUGGCCGCACAGCCACUCAACCCGUGGCUAAUCAACAAUUUUAUAAAUCGGCAAAAUAUAUGA